CUCCACCCAUCAGAAACUCAGAGAGGAAGAAACGGGAAAUAAUCUGCGACAGAGUUUACUUUCUAUUUCUCUGACAUUAAACUUCAAAUAUAGUUAUUCCCUGUAAGCUAGGGUGACCAGACGUCCUCUUUUGCCCGGACAUGUCCUCUUUUUAUGUCCUGUCCGGAGCGUCCGGGGGGGUUUUAUAAAUUCAUGAAAACGUCCGGUUUUCACAGUUUUUCAUGGGACCAUUAAGCGUGUACUUAAAUUGAAUGGCGCUUUGCACAGAAGUCUACUGUACUUAGACUUCCCCCCCAACAAACGCAAGUGUCCUCUUUUUCGCCACCUCAAAUCUGGUCACCCUAUGUAAGCUAAAUGUGAUCUCUGUAAAAUAGUGUUGUUCCUGCGGUGAAACAUGUUUGGUUUCAGACUACAGUUUCUCUUUCUGCUGACUUUCUCUGGAGAAACUCUGGGACAGGAACCCGAUGCUGUCAGAGUGGUGGUUCCAGAAGGUGGUGGUGAUGCUGUAUUACCAGUCUCCAUCGGCAGGAACGCUGAAAGACUUUUCUUUGACUGGAGGAAAGUCGGUCCUGGAGGAGAAGUCCUGCAGGAGGUUUUCCUGUACGAUGCCGGCCUCCAUUACAACAACGGUUUUCGGGGUCAGAGUGAGCAGUUCAAAGGUCGAGUCUCACAUUUUCCUGGAGAACUGAAGCACGGCAACGCCUCCAUCAUCAUCAGAAAGACGAAGGCGUCCGACGCUGGAAGAUACUCCUGUUAUUUUCCACAUCUGCAGCCUCGUCAGACAUUCUACGUUGAGCUGGAUGUUGAACUCAAACUUAAGGACCGAUCAGGAGAACUCUCAGCUGCAACUCCAAAGCCGUCCGUCACAACUCUAACUGCCACAGCAGACUGGGCGUAUCUGCAGUGUGAGGUUCCUGGUGCUUCUGUGAACACUAAAGUAGAGUGGCAGAGCAGCACUGGAAGCAUCCUCCAUGCUGAGGAGAAACGAGUCCCAGAGGAAGAACACGUCUUCAUCACUCUCUGCGUUAAGGUGACCAGGACCGACCGCUACCAGUGUGUGGUCUCUCAGGAGGACAUCAAGCAUCGGGUCUCUGCUCAGAUCUUUGUGUACAUCAGUGAGAAAGAGAGUGAGGACCCAUCCAGCACAGGGACCAUGGUUGGUGUUGGCAUCGGUUCAUUUGUUUUGGGAGUUUUAACUCUUGCUGCAGUUCUGUGUGUUCUUGAACGUGCAAAGCGCAUUAAAAGACGCCACAGUAAAGGUUCUCCUGUGAAGAGACUUCUGCUCUUCAACAAAGAUUCUGAUCUGGAGGGAGUUAUCUGCUUCAACAAAGGUUCUCCUGUGGGGAAACUUAUCCACUUCAACAAAGGUUCUGAUCUGUAGGGAAAAGAUUGUGAAAACACAGAAACGGCUACAGAACCCUCCCAGCAGCCCCUGAAGCCAUCCAAAAAGUGUUAGCCUAACAUCUGUGUGUGUGUGUGUGUGUGUGUGUGUGUGUGUGUGUGUGUGUGUGUGUGUGUGUGUGUGUGUGUGUGUGUGUGUGUGUGUGUGUGUGUGUGUGUGUGUGUGUUUCCAUCAGGUUGCAGCUUUUGAAACAAACCAAUAAUUAUUUUUACUUCCUUUUAAAAAUAGAGGAUCAUCAGUCUGAAGGAGAGAGAGAGAGAAUUAACCGCCACAGAAUCACUGUGAUGAAUAUUCUUGCUAAUUGUUGAACGUAAAUCUGUCUCAAAAGGACGUUAAUAUCGAGGAGAAGAAUGUCUAAAAUGAAGUGUAAAUAUUAUAAUUGUAUUGUUUAAAGUUCACUGUUUUUAGGAAGACCUUUAUCUCUUUCGAUGAUAAAGCAGAGGAUGAAUCUGGCAGGAAUAAUCCAGAUGCAGUUACUCUUUAUGAGCAGCCUGUUACAGGUUCCUGUGAAACCAGCUCUUUCACUUUUAUAUUUUUCCUUAAUUUGUUGAUUUGUUUGCCAUUCAGGGAACGCCAAUCAGAAGGUGGAGUUUGUUGUUUGAGAAAAUGUCUGAAGUUGAUCUGUUUUAAAUGAACUCCUGGAAAAUGAUAAUUGGUUUGGUCAGUCUGAAUGUGUUAAUUGAAGGAUGUUAUGAAUUAUAUCUUGUGUUACAUAUAUGAUUAUUAUAUCCAUAAGAAGCUUUAGUUUUUGUCUUUCAAUUCUAUUCAUGGUAGAGGAUUAUCAGUCUGAAUGGGCGGAUGAAGCGGAUCUGAGCUAGUUGUGAAGGCAGCAGGAACACUCUGUGUCUUUGAGGGAACUCUAAUAAUUGUUUUGAUCACUUUUUUAUUGAAUUAUGAAUUUAUGAAUGUGUAAAUACACGUAUCCAUUUCUGGGGAUUAUUCAACCGUACAUCAUGUCAUUACACCAAAGUGGACCUGGAGUUUCAUUCUGAACAAUAAUCUCUCCAAACCUCACUGUGAAUUAUUGAGGGGGUUUCUUAUGUAGUCAGAUGGAAAAGCGCUG